AUGCAAUCAGAAGAGGCACAGUUGAAGGUGCAGAAGAUGGUCGCGAAACAGCAGGAGACCAUUAUUAAUAACCUUAUCAACAACCUAGCGGAUAUGGCUGGUAUAAAGGCACCGAUUUUCACGAAAUCUUUUAUGGUCAAGGUGAAGUACCUAAACAAAGGAAGAAUGCUGGCCAGCAAUCCUAAUAACUAUUAUGAGUUAUGAACAAGUGUCUACAAGUGAUUCCCAGAGAUUUAUAAUAUUGAUGAUUGCUAUAUCUACUUCAAUGACUGGGAAAGCGACAGAGCCGCUGUAAAGGAAGACGAUGAUGUUCAGGCUGCCUACAAGCUGAUGAAUCUGAAGAAAGGCAAUAUCCUCACAUUUUAUGUUGAAAACCGGAAGCAGAGGAAGGUCAUUGAAGGAGACCUUGAUGCUGAUAAAAUCGCUAAGAUUAAACUUGACAUGAAAUUGAAGAACCCUGAUUCUUUUGAAAAUGCAAUGCUAGUUCGGAGUGGAUAUGUGUAUGAAUUUGUAUCUCAUGCUAAGAAAGCAUACAGUUUUAGGUGAGAUGACUUCAGAAGAGGAUGUAAAGGAAAAUGGUACAUGCAUGAAGCAGACCUCGAAGGGCUAGGGAUCGAACAUUCAGCACACUCUUUGCUUAAAGAAGAGCAUAAAGCUUUAGAAGUCUCUUCAGAAAUAGCAAAGACAGCUUUAAGCAUUGUCCCAUUUCUUGACAUGAAAGGAGAGCUUCCUUAUAAAGUGAGCUAUUCAACUUUUAAAAAAGUAAUUUCAAAAUUACUUGAACAGGACUUUAGACUGACUCGGGAUGAUCUUGUCAAUUGCUUUGUCAGUCUUGGAACUGACUGGAACCUCCUCUCAAAAAGGAUUCUUGAUAACCUAAUCAGUAAGAUAAAGGCAAGGCUCUCUGUUAGAACUUCAGGAGGAUGUGAUUGCACUCAGCUCAGAACAGUGGAGGGUGCUCCCUUUUGUAGGAAUAUUAUUGAGGCAAAAGUAGAAGAUAUGAAGCAGUUCUUGAUCUUCUUCUACUCAACUUUUCAUGAGAUGAUAGCCAAAGAAUCAAAAACUUUGUAUAUUUCAGGCUCGUAUGCUAAAUACGUGACUCCAGAUUGGAGCGAAACCAUAUUUGUUAAGGCAUUCAAGAAUGGCUGUUGAAUCCCAGUGUGAACCUUCAUGACUCAGAGUUCAAGUGAGGACGCCUUCAAAGCUGGGUUUCAAUUCCUCAAAGAGGAAAUGCAACUAUCUCCGAAUGAGAUAGUCAUCGAUCCGAAUGCUGAUUUAACCAGAGCUGCAAUCUCGGUGUUUGGGAAUGAGACUAAGUACCAGACUUGCUCCUACUUUGUGCAUAAGCAUAUCAACCAGAAGGCGAUCCGGUCUGGAGUUUUGAAUGAUAAAGGUGACCAAAACAUCAGGAAACUCCUCUGGUGCUUGAAAGCUCUAGCUUUUAGGCCGAAGGAGGAGGUUCUCACAUAUUUCAGUAAAGUCCAGGGAUUCUACAAAAGAUUUUGUGAAGCUUAUGACAAAACAGCCAAGAUGUUCGAAGAGCUAUUCCUGAAGAAGCUCAAUGUGGAGUACUGGAACAUGAAUCAUCUCUUGUCAGAACCAAAUGAUAAAAGACAGAGAUAUCUUGAGAUGAACAGAAGGCUUGAAAUUCAUGAUGUCCUUGUAGAGAGGUUCCUGAAGGGAUGUGCAGGAAUCAAUGGGUUUAAUAAAGGUCUAGCAGAGAUUGAGAGAAAGGCGAGGUUUAUGAUUGAGAGAAAUGAGCUUGCCAAUAUUCAGGUUGAGGAUUUGGAUGAAGCGACUAUUUUGAAGGAUUUGAUACAUUCAAGGUUUAAAAUAGAGCAAGUAAUGUCACAUGCUUUUCAGAUUCCUAGUAAAGAUAGAGCAAUUGAUCUUGCAUAUAAUCCAUCAAUGAGCAACCUUAAAUCUAUCACUGAUAGGGUUCCAUCCACUACAUUUUCAAUGGAACCUGCAGUUUCGAUGUUUUCCGUACAAAAUAAUUCAUCUGAGCCUAACUCCUCAGAUGUUUCAAUGACAAAUGUUGAGGCACCUAAAGAUAUAAUGAAUAUUGAAGAAGGAAAGAUAGAUGAUUCUCAAACCCAAGGCACUCAAAAAGAAAAUUUUGUGAACCAGUUUGAUACACAAUUUAAUGAUACUCUUGUUGGUGAUGGUUUCCUACCAGUGGAACAAACACCUGCUACUCCUUAUACCCCUCAUACGCUAACAGGAGCCACUCAGAGGCCAAGUCAGGGAGAUGGCGUCAGAAAAGUAAUUUAA